GUUAAUCCUUUCAAUCAUCAAUUAGGCCAAGGGUCAGGGUCAGGAGAAGUCUCCCCCCAACCAAAAAGCAAUUUCUCUCUUCCUCGUUUCUAACAUCCAAAACCGGAAUCAAAGAUCCACAAAACCUUGUUCUUUUUGUUUUCCUCAUCGAGAAUCAAACACUCCUAUCGUAUAAUCCGAAUCUCCCUUUUCGACCGUAAGAUCUAUCCUCUCUCUGAGGAUCUGGUCGCAGAAUUAACCACCCUUUUGUUCUAGGAUUGUUUUUUCGCUAUCUUUUGCGAUGGAAGCUGGUUCGGAUCAAGCAACUAGUGUGUGCACUCACUGUGAUCGGGCUAUCCCUGCUGCAAAUAUUGACUUGCAUAGUGUCCAUUGCGCCCGGAACCUUGAAAAAUGCAAAGUUUGUGGUGAUAUGGUUCCCAGAAAACAUGCAGAGGAUCACUACUUAAGUACUCAUGCGCCGGUAUCCUGUUCAUUGUGCAGUGAGACAAUGCAGCGUGAUAUUUUAGAUAUCCAUAAAGGUGAAAACUGCCCUCAAAGGAUUGUCACUUGUGAGUUUUGUGAGUUUCCAUUGCCAGCAGUUGAUCUGGCCGAGCAUCAGGAAGUAUGUGGGAAUCGAACAGAACUUUGUUACCUUUGUAACAAAUAUGUUAGGCUUCGUGAAAGAUUUAGUCAUGAAGCUAGAUGCAAUGGUGUCCAAGAUAAUACUGUGGGCUCUUCGAGGAAUGUGAGAGAAGCCGAGAGAGACGAAGGUCCUCCUCGAAGAAGGCCUAGGCCACAGCAGAAUGACUUCUCAACUAGGCGUCUUCUGAUCACAAUAGCCAUCACUGGUAUUGCUGUUAUACUGGGAUCUAUUUUUCUGCAGAAGAAGGCAGAGCCUAGUGAUGUGCAUUAACAUGAGAGAGGAAACAACAUUUUAGGUUCUUGCAAAUUUGGUUUAUUUGUACAACAAAUGCGCCUGCAUCAGAAAGUUGCAUCACAUCUUCUACUAGAGUAUGAGAACACAUCGGCAUUGUCUUUAUAUAUAAAUAAAUUUAUGUUCA